CCCAACCGGUGACCUGCUGCUGCUGCAAGAGACUCGACAGAGAACAAGUACAAAUCCUUCAUUUUGAAAGGAAAAUACCUUGAUUCUUGAACUCGCUCGCUGACGCUGGGAAAGUGCAAAAUCACCGUAUUGUGGCGCCACAAUGGCUGUUAGUGUUCAGCUCUCACUCUCAGGGCUCUCCCUGCACUUGCCCCCCACUCGUGCAAUCCCGCCUCACGUUUUUCACUGUCGAACCGGACCAUCUCUCGCGCCUUCCCAUUCUCCAUCUUCGCCCYACCCCACAAUUCAGAUUGUUGGUGGGAAAACAUCAAAUUUCUUUGGAGAUGGAAGCUCCCAAGGUACAUCUAACAGCGGCCAAGUCGAGAGAGAUUGGGUUGAUUUUGAGGCUGAUCUGUAUUACUGGACAAAGGCCUUGCGUCCCGUCCAGUGGUAUCCUGGCCAUAUAGCAAAAACAGAGAAAGAACUGAAGGAUCAACUAAAGUUGAUGGAUGUUGUGAUAGAGGUUCGAGAUGCUAGAAUACCCAUGUCUACAAGUCAUCCACAGAUGGACGGAUGGCUUGGUAAUAGGAAACGAAUAUUGGUAUUGAACAGAGAAGAUAUGAUAUCUUCAGCAGACCGGAAUGCUUGGGCAACUUAUUUUACGGGACGGGGAAUUAAAUUAGUAUUUUCGAACGGGCAACUUGGAAUGGGCACAAUGAAGCUAGGGCGGUUGGCGAAGACACUGGCAGCUGAUGUAAAUGUCAAACGUAGGGCAAAAGGACUACUUCCUCGCCCGGUUCGUGCUGGAAUAGUUGGAUAUCCUAAUGUUGGGAAAUCAUCUCUGAUCAACCGCUUGCUCAAACGUCGAAUGUGUCCAGCAGCUCCAAGACCAGGUGUCACCAGAGAGUUGAAGUGGGUUCGUUUUGGGAGUGAUCUAGAGUUGCUUGACUCUCCUGGUAUUAUACCAAUGCGGAUUAGUGACCAGACUGCUGCAAUAAAGCUUGCUAUAUGCGAUGACAUUGGAGAGAGGUCCUACAAUGUUGCUGAUGUUGCUGCCAUCCUUGUACAGAUUUUGACCAAGCUUCCAUCAGUAGGUAUAGAAUCACUUCAAAAGCGAUACAGAGUUGAUGCAGACGGUCAAUGUGGUGACAUAUUUGUUCAAAAGUUAGCGCUCCAAUUGUUCAACGGGGACAGUCAUCAAGCGGCUUUUCGCAUCUUAUCAGAUUUUCGCAAAGGAAAGUUUGGUUGGAUUGCUUUGGAGAGGCCUCCCAGAUAAUGCUGUUGCUGUUGGAUGAGUCGAUGAUGGCUUGCUUGGAGGUCGGAAUUUCAACUUCUCACUCUUAUACGAUUCAUAUAAAUGCUACAGGCCACCUGGUUUAGAAUUAGAAACUCUUAACAGACCAGAAAGCUUCACGAUGUCUAUAUUGCUCAACUUUCGGAGUUAUGGAGGAGAGCACAAAACUGGAGUCCUUGAUCUCAUAAAGUCGUCAAGGAGUCUCAUUAAUUUGUGAAGCCCAUGUGUUAUAUUAUGUAAUAUAUGUUUUUAAACUACUCUUGUAAUUAAAAUUGUCUAUUUGGUUAACUUGCAUUUGUAUUCUAAAUGAAUUUUUACCAUAAAUAUCUUUA